UGACGUCAGCGACCGGCCCCGCCCUUCUCCCGGGGACGGAGCCCAGCUUGGCGGAAAAAUGGCGGCGCCCAGCGAGCAGGUGGCUGCCGGUGAUUUCGGCUCCUGGCUGGACGGGAGGCUGGAGGCGCUGGGCAUGGACCCGGAGGUGUACCCGGCGUACAUCCAGGGGGUGCUGCGGGAGGAGGACAACCCGGAGGAGAGGGAUGAGGCUCUCAGGGGGAUCCUGGCCGCCUUCUUGGAGGAAGAUUCCAUAGAAGAUGUCUGUCUAGAAAUUAUAACUAAGUGGAGCGAAUUCCAGAAAAUGCAGUUGGCACAGGCGAAGCAGGAAGAUGAGGUGGAUGCGUUGGCCAGCAUGAUAGAGAAGCAGGCACAGAUUGUGGUCAAGCCCAAAGAGGUGUCUGAAAAGGAGCAGCAACGAAAAGCCGCCUUGCUGGCCCAGUACGCCAAUGUCACCGAUGACGAGGAUGAAGCUGAGGGUGAAGACGUGACUAGUUCAAUAGGAGCCCAGAACGAUAAGUCUUUGUUCAAGAACACCAAUUUAGAAGACAUCGUUAAUGCAAGGAAGCUUGAACGUGAUACAAUGCGGGAUGCUUCCCACAAGAAAAAAGAACAAGAUAAACAACAACGGGACAAGGACAAACAAGCCAAACAGGAGCGUAAAGACAAGGAGAAGAAACGCACACAGAAAGGAGAGCGCAAGCGAUAAGGUGGUUGUCACGGGCG